AGGGAGAGGGAGGAGCACAUCGUGAUGCAGAGAUGCUGCAGUGGCUAGGGGCGCGCACACACACACUCACAAGCCGCGGCGGCGGCGGCGGCGGCGGCAGGAGGACUGCCAGAGGCUGAGCGAGGAGGGCGGGGGAGAGAAGGUGGUUCCGGGCUCAAGGACUCGGGCUGCUGCGUCUGCUCGCCUCUGAUCCACACCCUGCGUCCCAGGUCCUUCUCCUCCUCUGGUCCCAAUACCUCUUCUCUCCUUGGCCAAGGUUUGCUACCCUCCAAUCUCCAGCUCCCCAUUCUCAGACUGGCCAUGGGGAUCCCCGAGCAGCUGCUGAUGGCAUCCUUAGCCAUGCUCUUUUUUUCAGCUUGGAAUCCAGCCCAGGGCUCUCCUGCCAUCUUUGGGCCUAUCUUUGAAGACCAGCCUGUCAGUUCCUUGUUCCCUGAGGAGUCAUCAGAAGAGAAGAUAGCUCUGGCCUGCCGUGCCCGGGCAAGCCCUCCAGCUACAUACAGAUGGAAGAUGAAUGGCACUGAGAUGAAGCUGGAGCAGGAUCCCCACUACCAGCUGGUUGGAGGAAACCUGGUCAUCAUGAACCCCACCAAGUCCAGGGAUGCUGGUGUGUACCAGUGCCUGGCCUCCAACCCAGUGGGCACCGUGGUCAGCAGAGAGGCUGUACUCCGCUUUGGCUUUUUGCAGGAAUUCUCCAAGGAGGAAAGAGAUCCCGUGAAAACCCAUGAGGGCUGGGGGGUGAUGUUGCCCUGCAACCCACCUGCCCACUACCCAGGUCUGUCCUACCGCUGGCUUCUCAAUGAGUUCCCCAAUUUCAUCCCAACUGAUGGGCGGCACUUUGUGUCCCAGACAACUGGAAACCUGUACAUCGCCCGGACAAAUGCCUCUGAUCUGGGCAACUACUCCUGCCUGGCCACCAGCCACAUGGACUUCAUAACCAAGAGUGUCUUUAGCAAGUUUGCCCAACUCAACCUGGCUGCAGAAGACUCCCGUCCAUCUUCACCCAGCAUCAAGGCCAGAUUCCCCUUGGAGACCUAUGCACUGGUUGGACAGCAGGUCACCCUGGAGUGCUUUGCUUUUGGGAACCCCGUCCCUCGGAUCAAAUGGAGAAAACUGGAUGACUCACUGCCUCCACAAUGGGCCACUGCCGAGCCCACACUGCAGAUCCCCAGCGUCAGCUUUGAGGAUGAAGGCACCUACGAGUGUGAAGCAGAGAACUCCAAAGGCCGGGACACUGCCAAAGGCCGAAUCAUCGUGCAAGCUCAGCCCGAGUGGCUCAAGGUCAUCUCAGACACCGAAGCCGACAUUGGCUCCAAUCUGCGCUGGGGCUGUGCAGCUGCUGGCAAGCCAAGGCCCACAAUUCGGUGGCUCCGGAAUGGGGAUCCCCUGGCUUCCCAGAACCGCGUAGAAAUUUCUGGUGGGGACCUGAAAUUCUCCAAGCUGGUCCUGGAGGACUCUGGCAUGUACCAGUGUGUGGCAGAAAACAAGCAUGGCACCAUCUAUGCCAGUGCUGAACUGGCAGUACAAGCCUUUGCUCCUGAUUUCCGGCUGAAUCCAGUUAGGCGGCUGAUCCCCGCUGCUCGAGGGGGAGAGGUUCUCAUCCCCUGCCAGCCCAGGUCAGCUCCCAAGUCCAUUGUGCUCUGGAGCAAAGGAACUGAGAUCUUAGUCAACAGCAGCAGAGUGACCAUUACCCCAGAUGGUACUUUGAUCCUGCGGAACAUCAGUCGGGCAGAUGAAGGGAAAUACACCUGCUUUGCGGAGAAUUUCAUGGGCAAAGCCAAUAGCACUGGCAUCCUCUCUGUCCGAGAUGCCACCAAGAUCACCUUGGCACCAUCCAGCGCUGACAUCAAUUUGGGUGAGAACCUGACUCUGCAGUGCCAUGCCUCCCACGACCCCACCAUGGACCUCACCUUCACCUGGGCCCUAGACGGCUUCCCCAUUGACUUUGAUAAAUCUGGUGGCCACUACCGGAGAGCCAGCUUGAAAGAAACAAUUGGGGACCUGACAAUCCUGAAUGCCCAGCUGCGCCAUGGCGGGAAGUAUACAUGUAUGGCCCAGACCGUGGUAGACAGCACAUCAGAGACCGCGACCCUCCUGGUCCGAGGUCCUCCAGGUCCUCCUGGUGGAGUGGUUGUGAGAGACAUCAGCAACACCACUGUCCAACUAACUUGGAGCCGAGGCUUUGACAACCACAGCCCGAUUGCCAAGUACACCCUCCAAGCCCGAUCCCUGCCUGAUGGGAAGUGGAAGCAGGUCCGGACCAAUCCUUCCAAUAUUGAGGGGAAUGCAGAGACUGCCCAGGUGCUGGGCCUCACCCCCUGGAUGGACUAUGAGUUCCGGGUCCUUGCCAGCAAUAUCCUGGGCACAGGGGAGCCCAGUGGACCCUCUAGUAAAAUCCGGACCAAGGAAUCAGCUCCUACAGUAGCACCCUCAGGACUCAGUGGAGGAGGUGGUGCCCCUGGUGAACUCAUUAUCAACUGGACGCCCAUGUUACGGGAAUACCAGAAUGGAGAAGGCUUCGGCUACCAGCUGUCCUUCCGAAGACAGGGCAGCUCAGAUUGGCAGAGGGCCAAGGUCUCCCACGCUGAUGCCCUGCACUUUGUUUAUCGUAAUGAAAGCGUCCGGCCCUAUACACCCUUUGAAGUCAAGAUCCGAGGAUACAACCGCCAGGGGGAGGGGCCUGAGAGCCUCACCACAGUCGUGUACUCUGCUGAGGAAGAGCCCAGGGUGGCCCCAGCCAAAGUCAAGGCCAGGGGGACUUUGUCUUCAGAGAUGGACGUGAUGUGGGAACCAGUACAUCAGGAUGACAUGAACGGGGUUCUCCUGGGGUAUGAGAUCCGCUACUGGAAAGACGGAGAUAAAGAGGCAGCGGCUGACCGUGUAAGGACAGCAGGGCUGGACACCAGUGCCCGAGUUACUGGCCUACAACCCAAUACCAAGUACCAUGUGACAGUUCGGGCCUACAACAGGGCAGGCACUGGGCCUGCCAGUCCCUCCACCAACGCCACCACCAUGAAGCCUCCUCCCAGACGACCUCCAGGUAACAUCUCCUGGACACUCUCCAGUUCCAGCCUCAACAUUAAGUGGGACCCUGUCAUCCCUCAACGAAAUGAGUCUGCAGUCACUGGCUACAAGAUGCUGUACCGGAAUGACUUGCACUCUGCCCCCAUACUCCAUUUGGCCAACAAGAACUGGAUUGAGAUCUCCGUCCCUGAGGACUCCAGCCACUCUCUAGUGCAGAUUCGGGCCACGGGACCCGGAGGUGACGGAAUCCCAGCUGAGGUUCACAUUGUGAGGAAUGGAGGCACGAGUAUGAUGGUGGAGAACUCAGCAAUCUGUCUGACCCCACACCUGGGCACCAUCCUCUCCCAUUCCCUGGUGAUGCUGGCCCUCCUUGGCUACUUGGAGCUCUGAUCCUGGUCUCCUGGUCCCCUCCCCCAGCCCAGACCUGGACAACAGGACAGAUACCUCGGGAUGAACAGAGCCAGCUGGCCCCUGGCACACUCUCCCGAUGCUAAGGACCUCAACAUACUAUAUGCCCCAAGAGGACUGGUUUUAAACAGCAACUUUAAACAAUUCCCUUUUUUGUAGGAGCUAGGACAUUUCAUAUAUGCCGGGGACCAGAACCCAAGGAAGGAGUUUUUCCCCACCCUUUAUAACCCAGAGGAAACAGGCACAAAAAAAUCCAUGAUAAAUCUUGAACCCAAUGUCUUUGUGACCCAUGAUCACUGGGGUUUCUGGAUGGAAAGAACUAAAUGGACAUGAGGAUGGGGGGGGUUGACCCAUGUCCUUUGGACCAAUACGGAUGGCACCCUUCAGGGACCCUGGGUAUACCUGGAUCCAGCUACCUUGGAAGCCUCGAUAUAGGCCAGGAUGGCCCCAGAGCUGGAGAAGUGGACCUGGAGGGCGGAGGACAGCAAAGGGACCGAGAACUGCCCACCCCCAACUGGAUAUGGAGAAGGGCUUGAUAUCUAACCUUUGGGCUUUCCUCAUCCUUCUGGGCAGCUAAGAGAAACAACUGCAAAUCCCCUGAUUCUAGGAACUGGGGGGCACAAAAGGGGUUCCCAGAAAUAAGGGGGAGAGGGAGGCAAGAAAAUGAUUUUCAAAACUGACUGAAGGUUGCAGCUUCUGGGAAGAUGAACUCAGCCAAAAGGCAACCCAAGAUUAAAAUGACGCUGCCCUUGGGGUUGACACUCCAGCAAUUACAUUCACAAGUCCAUGAAGACAAAGAAAACAGGCUGGGCUUGAGGGGAAUGCAAGACAGAAGGGCUCCAUCUUGGUCAGGUGUCCACCCCACAUGGGCAUGGGAGCCUGACAACUUUGCCUCAGUUUCCUCCCCUUCUCGCUCCUCCAGUAAAUCCUAAAGACCUUCCUUCCAAAUCUGUAGUUCCCUGCCCUGUAGGAGGGAUCCUUUCCUCUGCCCUUGCCUCUGCAGGACCCAGAGCUCUAGCCAGGAGUUUGGGGGGAAGGAUUAGUUCCCAGAAUUCCAGAGUCAGGAGCCUGACUGCUGGGGACAGAGGAUGCAUGCCAGAAUUCACUUCCCCAGGCAUGUUGGGAUAUUUUUAGUGGCCUCUCUCCAUCCAUCCCUCCCUCCACCGAAGGCUUGCCUUUGUGUUGCCUCAGAGUGUGAGGCCACAAGAAAAAGUGAGGGUCUUUCCUGUGCUCCAGGGAGUGUUAGGAAUAGGCAAAACAGGGGGAAUAACAGGCCACAGCCUAAUUCAUAGAAAGAGAAAAGUAGGUUUAAUUACUCUGGGCCUCAGUUUCCCCAUCUAUAAUAAGAGGAGUUUGAACUAGAUGACCUAUAAAGUCUCCAGCUACAACAUAUUUUGAAAAAUCUGGUAAAUGGGCAGAAGGUAGUUGAGGAGAGUGGCUUGUGCCUUUUUGGCAAAGGCUUACCAAUUGGGUCCCUAGGCACCCAGGGGGCUGCUUCAGCCUCUCUACCCCUCCCUGUAUGCUCAGAUUCACGAGGACAUCCCGGUCUGUAAUUCUUCAAUAUCCUCUGUCCACACAGCAGUAGACUUUCCCUCAAUCCUCUCCUCUGAGGUCAGCUGAGAAAGGGGCCCAAGACUAAGACACUGAUUUCCUCCAGCCCAGCCAUACCCCCGAGCCUCUCCUGAAUACCCCCAUACACAGGGUCUGCCAUUUUGGAAGGCACAUUCCCACUGGGAAUCACUCACUGUGGCCCAUUUUCCCUGAGGGUUUGUUUCUAUUCUGUAGUUAUUACAGUGAGAUUUCUAUUUUAGUAUCAUUUUUAUAUAUAUUUUAGGUCCUGCUCUAUUUUCAGGGCAGGUCUGCGUUCCUUAUGCUAAUGAGAGCUUUCUUUUGGUGAACUUCCUGCCCCCCCCUUCCUGCUCCUUGAGAGGCAGGCAGAAUCAGUGGAGAGACUGAUGUCCCCCUGGUCCCCAUGGCCUCUUCACCCCACCUACCCAUGUGGUAGGAUCGAGAGUUUAAGAUCAGCUGAAAGGGAGAUGAAGGAAGCCUUUAUAUGGUUCAUCAGCUGAGAGAAGGGGUAGCCAGCCCCUCUGAGCAGGAUGCUUCCUCCCUCCCACUCAUCUGGGUGACUUUCGACCAGUGGCUAAACUUCUCUUUGCUUUCAUCUCUCCUUCAGAAAGAGAGGAGCUGGAGGCGAGGUAUUUGCUUGGGGGCUGGAGAGACCUUGAGGUGGGGGACUGACUCACAAAUGCAGAUGAGGGUUCACUUCACCUUCUCUUUUCUCACUGCCUGUAGGCAUAGGGAGCCAGAGGGAAAUAGGUGUUAGGCAAAACCCUCAUGUGUUAGGCAGAGAUCAACGGGGGAGGGGGGGGGCCUUUUGGACCGAGGAAUCAACUGGGCUCUCGGGCUGAAGAACCCAGUCCUGCCCCAGGCAAGCAGCUCCUCAACCUCCCUAGUCAAGGAGGCCUUUGAGAAGAGGGAAGCAGUGGUAGGACAGAACUGUUACUGUAUGUGUGUGUAUGUCUGUCUGUCCGUCUCUCUGUCUCUGUGUCUCUCUGUCUCUGUCUGUCUCUGUCUCUGUCUCUGUCUGUGUGUGUGUGUGUGUGUUAGAAGGUUUUAUCCCAGGAAAACCCUACCUUGUCUAAAACAAAAGACCAGGUGAGUCCCUAAGACCGAACCUUUGCCUUCAGCAUCCCAUACCUCUGAAGGCCUGGGGAGCCAUAGGAAAGUUUGAGGAAGGGAUUUAAACCAAGCAAAGGAGGCUAAGGAAAUAGGCUGGGAUACAGAGAGACUGUUGCUUAAGGUUUGAUGCUGGAACAGGUGGCCAAGGCAAGCUGUGGACUCUCCAUCCAUUAGGGGCCUUACAAAAUGGGAUGGCUUGUAUCCUGCCAGGAGUCAGAGGGAGUCCCUUCCUGCCCAAGGGACCUCUGAUUAUUUUCCUCCAGGGAGCCCAUCGGUAGUUUCUACCCUAGCAGUCUGAGGACAGACCUAGGGAGGAGAGGUACCUCCCUGCUGUCUCUUAGCUCGCUCAGCUCAGAUCUCUGCAACCCCCAGCCCCAGCUCUGUUCCAUAUCAGAAGUUUUCCCUUCCUCCUCCCCAACAUUUGCAGCCCUGGAAGAGGAGACAAAAAAAAAUACAGGUGCUUUCUUUUUCUUUUGUUUUUACCACCAAGCUAGCAGUUUGCCUAUACAAGUGCCUUGUGGACUGGGGAAUGGGGUUUUUUCUCUCUGAUCCCCCUACCACUUGCAAAGACUUCUCCAAGGAGAGCGCUUGGGGGGAGGUGCCAUAGGAGCCAAUUUCAGCUGUGUACUUUUGGUGGAGAAAAGUGGGUACCCUUCUCCCUCCGCUGGUUUCCUUGUUGCUUUAACAUUCCAGAUGUUACCCCCCUCCCCUUGGGAGCGGAGGGCAGCUCUCUCCAGGUGUGCAUUUAAGAAACUCAGUGGAAAGGAGAGGGACUUGUACUGCUCUGUCUAUCUGGGGACCUUCAGAACCACGGCUUUGGGGAUGCAGAGACCCCCUGUUCAUUGGGCUGUUUCUUGAUUUCUGAAAGGCUGGCAUGGUGAGAACGGUCCCCACAGUCUGCUAUCUUCAGUUCUACAGACUCAGGGGUGAGCUUCUGAGCUGAUCAAUUCUUCCAUCCUGGGCACUCUGGCAAAGAAACAGCAGGAGGGACUGGGGUUGGACAACAGGAAACUUGCUGAACCCUAGAAUGAUGUCUGAGGGAAGAUAAUGGAAUCCUCCUACCCAGAGACCUUAAGGAAAGAAGCAGCUCAAGAUGCUGAGCCCUGCUUGGGACCAGGCAGAUGAUGUCUUCGAAGUGACUCCUUCAGAUGGAGGAUCCAGUCGUUUCCACAGCCAGACCCCCUGGUCUGACACUGAACUUGAGCAGACUGAUGCAGUCUUUUGAUUCCAGUCAUCUCUUCCCCACCCUCCUCCUCCCACUCUCCUCAUUGUUUCUUCUCUUUCUUUGCCUUCCUCUCCUUCCUUUCCCCACCUCUCAUUUCCCCCUUCCCCGCUUUUCACCAUCUCCUCCUUCCCCC